CGGGGGUCCGGGCACCGCCUCGACGGCGGCCCCCUCGGACGCCCGGACCGGGCCACAGCCCGUCGCGCGAGCGGACGGCGUCAUGAGGCACCUGCCGUACUUCUGCCGGGGCCAGGUGGUGCGGGGCUUCGGCCGAGGCUCCAAGCAGCUGGGCAUCCCCACCGCUAACUUUCCUGAACAAGUCAUAGAUAAUCUUCCAGCUGAUGUGUCCACUGGUAUUUAUUAUGGCUGGGCCAGUGUUGGAAGUGGAGAUGUCCAUAAGAUGGUGGUGAGCAUAGGAUGGAAUCCAUACUACAAGAAUACAAAGAAAUCCAUGGAAACUCAUAUCAUGCAUACCUUCAAAGAGGACUUCUAUGGGGAGAUCCUCAACGUGGCCAUUGUUGGCUACCUCAGACCAGAAAAGAACUUUGACUCUUUAGCAGGGUGGGUACCUCUCCAGCAAGUUGAUGAAACCUUGAAAAAUGUUUUAAGUGUGAGAAACAAUAAAUCAGAGAACAUUCGAAGCAAAUGUUAUCAGAGUCACUUAUUUCAGCAAUUCAAGGCGAUAUUGAGGAAGCUAAGAAACGACUAGAUUUACCAGAACACUUGAAACUCAAAGAAGACAAUUUCUUCCAGGUUCCUAAAAGCAAAAUAAUGAAUGGCCACUGAUGAAAGAUCAUCUUAUUUAUUCAUUUCCUCUCCAGUCUUAUCUUGGUUAUAUCUUUAAAAAUCAAGCAUUUUCCUACAGCUGGAAAUUAGUUUAAAAAGUACAAUGUAGUUUGCAUAUAGUGCUCCAUCUGUUAAACCCAUCAUGACAUAGCACUUAAAAGAGUCAAAAAAAAAUCAAACUUUUGUAUGUAUAUGUUGAUUAAAAUAUACCACUGGAAAGCUAUUAAAUGUCUUAUAAUGGAAAUGAUGUAUAUAUGUGAGUAAAAAGACAAAUCACUAGUUUGACAAGAGAACUAUAAUUUUCAUGGUGAAAUACCAGCAUUAUGUACUCGUAUAGCAUAUAUUCCUAGUCAGAGAAGGCUCCUAAUUAGAGAAGGCUUGUAAAAGCAAAAUGCAAUGAAUAAAAGUUUGAUAGUUGAUUAUGAACCUAAGGGGAAAAAUCCAUACUGUAUUUAAUAUUUUGUGCAUUAAUAUAUUAUUUCAAACAUGAAGACAGCUGUGGAAUUUUGUUAUA